AUGGAGCCUUGGCGCAGGUCGCAUGCGGAGCUCUUUGCUCUGUUGCAGUCUAGAUGUCUGGAGUUUCGCAUGCAGGACCAAUUUGUCUCCCUUGGAUGGUUUUCGCCCUCGCAGAUGUUCGUACUGGACGAGUACUGCGCUCGUUACGGAGUGCGUGGGUGCCACCGACACCUCUGCUACUUGGCUGACCUUCUUGACCGAGCCGAGCACGGCGUCAUGGUAGACCCUGCGUUGGUUCACUAUUCCUAUGCGUUCUGCUCCAGACAUAUCCUCGGCAAUACGUACGUUCAUUCCUCUUUUACCCCUUUGGAUUCUCAUCUCUAA